CCGCCCGCAUACUCGCCAUCAAGAAGGACGGCGCCCCCAAGUCCGAGCUCCGCGAGCUCGUCGCGCAGAUGUCCCUCCUCCUCAUCACGCUCCGCCAGGUGAACAGGGAGAUACUGAUGGAGGAGGAUAAGGUGAAGGGGGAGACGGAGGCGGCGAAGGCGCCCGUGGACUCCACGACGCUGAGGCUGCACAACCUGCUGUACGAGAAGAACCACUACGUGAAGGCCAUCAGGUCGUGCCUCGACUUCCAGACGAAGCACCCGGGGAUAGAGCUCGUGCCUGAGGAGGAGUUCCACCGUGCCGCGCCGGCUGACAUCCGCGACAAGACGCUCGCGGCUGACACCGCCCACGACCUCAUGCUCAAGCGCCUCAACUUCGAGCUCGUCCAGCGUAAAGAGCUAUGUGAGCGACAUGAGAAAUUGGAACAACAGAAGAACAGUUUGCUGGGGACAAUUGCAAAUCAGAAGAAGUUCCUUUCAAGCCUCCCAUCGCAUUUGAAAUCACUGAAGAAAGCAUCAUUGCCAGUGCAGCAGCAGCUUGGGAUGCUGCAUACCAAGAAAUUAAAGCAGCACCAUGCAGCUGAGUUGCUCCCAUCUCCUCUUUAUAUAACCUACACCCAGUUGUUAGGACAGAAAGAAGCAUUUGGCGAGAAUGUUGAAGUGGAGGUAAAUGGAAGCACAAAGGACGCUCAAACUUUUGCUCAACAGCAAGCCAAGCAGGAAAUGGCAGGCACUUUGGCAAAUGAUGAUAAUAAUAGGAUGGAUGACGAUGCAAUUGAUGAGGAAGAAGAUGCUCAGAGAAGAAGAUCAAGGUCUAGGAAGAGUUCAAAGGAAGCUAGUAAUCCUGCAUUAGCAUAUCAACUUCAUCCACUCAAAGUUGUUCUCCAUGUAUAUGAUACUGAAGAUUCUGGAACCAAGCGUCGUAAGCUCAUCACUUUGAGAUUUGAAUACUUGGCAAAGUUGAAUGUUGUCUGUGUUGGAUCUGAAGAUUCAGAUGGGAUGGACAGCAAUAUCCUGUGCAACCUAUUUCCAGAUGACACUGGCUUAGAGCUGCCUCAUCAGAUGGCUAAGCUUUAUGCUGGGGAGACUCCAAAUUUUAGUGAAAAGGAUUCACGUCCAUACAAGUGGGCACAACAUCUAGCUGGUAUAGAUUUCCUGCCGGAGGUUCCUCAAUCUGUUGGGGAUAGUUCUAACAGAGCAUCGAGAAAUGCUGAUUUGUCAUCUGGGCUUGCACUAUACCGUCAGCAGAAUCGUGCACAGACUAUUUUGCAGAGAAUCCGCUCUCGGAAAAUUGCACAAAUGGCUCUCACGUGGCAACUUAAUUACUUAACUAAGCUGAGGUGGCCUCAAAUAGAACACGAGAAUACACCAUGGGCAUCACGCACCCCAUCGUGUAGUAUGCAUAGUUGGUCAUUGACAGGCGUUUUUCCUGAGCCUUCGGCUCGUUCUGCUUUAGUGGUGAGUGGGCCUGCAGGAAGUGUUGACAGUGAUUUGGAGAGAAGAUCUGUGACAAAUGGGCAAGAAACCGAGGGUAACAGAGAGGAUGGUGAGCUUCCAAUUGUGGUUCACGCUGAAGAUAUGCCAGAUGGUUCUAAAGUAUCACAGGCGGAGAUCUCACCUGAAGUUCUAAACCAUUCUAGAGGCUUAUCUCUUAUAUCAAAGGGCUCUGCACCAUCUAAGUUAAGCAUCUCACACAGUUUUGGUAGAAAUGAGGAUGAUCUUGAUUUCUUAAUGGACAGUGACAGUGAGUUGGAGGAGCUGGCAUGUGCUGACCAAGAAACUGAGCAAGGUAACCUCACUAUAGAUAAAUCCUGGGAGGAUUAUGCUUCCAGAGAGUUCACCAUGGUCUUGAGUAAAACUUUGAAGAAUGGUUCAAAAGUCAUGCUGGAAGCCAAGAUUAAGAUUAGCAUGGAGUAUCCUCUUAGGCCACCGCUUUUCAGAUUACAGAUGGUUUCUGAAAAGACCGAAGAUUUGAAAUGGCACAAUGAUCUUCGUGCAAUGGAAGCUGAGGUGAAUCUUCACAUCCUCCGAAUUCUGCCUCGGUCGUACGAGGACUAUAUAUUAACCCACCAAGUUUUGUGCCUGGCUAUGUUGUUUGAUAUGCAUUUGGACGAGGAUCACGAGAAAAGGAAAGUUACUUCAGUGAUUGAUGUCGGGCUUUGCAAGCCAGUCAGUGGAACCAUGCUCACUAGAUCGGUCAGGGGGAGAGACCGCAGGCAGACCAUCUAUUGGCGAGGUGACGUUUGCUCGAGUUAUUUGUGAUCUUGGUUGAUUGCGAGUUGAGUUGGCGUGCAUAUCGUUUGUCAUUCGGAGGAAAACGGAGAUGCUAAAACUGCCUUUUUGCCUAUGGCACAGAGAAACCUUCUUUCGGUACUGGAAUUAACAUGGUCUGACAGCAGUAGAAGCUGCCAAGCUUGCCCAUGCUGGCUGGAGAGAGAUGCUUCCCUGUUGCUCGACGAUAGUUUUCUAACCAUUAUGGCAUUAUGAUGUUUGAUAUGCAAUCACAAGAAUACCGAAACUCUUGGUGCACUUUAUCUUGCUUGAUGUUACAUGGAACUUUGCAACUCCAGCAGACUUGGUCCGUGCAGCAUCAAGCAACAGACAGAUUGCAUGCCCCUUGAUGCUGCUGGUGGUGCUGCUGGUCAGACUUGCUUGUUCAUGCUGAAAUCUUCCAAGCCAGACAGACAGACGGGUUUCGUUCUUGCGAUUGUGUAAAUUAUAAGUUCCCAAACUGUAUGUUCAAUCUGAACUACCAAAUUGAUGCAUUUUUCUGUC